CUUCGCUUAGGUCAGCCCACACUCGUUAAGCGUGCAAAAUACACCUCCGACAAAUUUGGAGAUAGAGAUUCUCACCACCUCGACGACUAACGACAACAGGGUCAAGAUGAGUCACCGGAAGUACGAAGCGCCUCGGCACGGCUCUCUUGCCUACCUGCCGCGCAAGCGCGCCGCCCGUCACCGCGGAAAGGUCAAGAGCUUCCCCAAGGAUGACCCCAAGAAGCCCGUCCACCUGACGGCCUCCAUGGGCUACAAGGCCGGUAUGACCACCAUCGUCCGUGACCUUGACCGUCCUGGUGCCAAGAUGCACAAGAAGGAGAUCGUCGAGGCCGUUACCGUCAUUGAGACUCCUCCGCUCGUUGCUGUCGGUAUCGUCGGUUACAUCGAGACUCCCCGUGGUCUCCGCUCGCUCACUACUGUCUGGGCUGAGCACCUGAGCGACGAGCUCAAGCGCCGCUUCUACAAGAACUGGUACAAGAGCAAGAAGAAGGCCUUCACCAAGUACGCCAAGAAGCACGCUGAGAGCAGCGGUGCUUCCGUCACCCGCGAGCUUGAGCGCAUCAAGAAGUACUGCACUGUUGUCCGUGUUCUUGCCCACACCCAGAUCCGCAAGACCCCUCUCAAGCAGAAGAAGGCCCACUUGAUGGAGAUCCAGGUCAACGGUGGCUCCGUCGCCGAGAAGGUCGACUUCGCCCACAACCUGUUCGAGAAGACCAUCGACAUCGACUCCAUCUUCGAGCAGGAUGAGGUUAUCGACGUCAUUGCCGUCACCAAGGGUCACGGUUUCCAGGGUGUCACCAGCCGAUGGGGCACCAAGAAGCUCCCUCGUAAGACUCACAAGGGUCUGCGUAAGGUUGCCUGUAUCGGUGCCUGGCACCCGUCCCACGUCCAGUGGACUGUUGCCCGUGCCGGUCAGAUGGGUUACCACCACCGUACCUCUUGCAACCACAAGAUCUACCGUGUCGGUAAGGGCUCCGACGAGGGCAACGCCUCCACCGAGUUCGAUAUCUCCAAGAAGCAGAUCACUCCUCUUGGUGGUUUCGUCCGCUACGGUGAGGUCAAGAACGACUUCCUGAUCCUCAAGGGCUCCGUCCCCGGUGUCAAGAAGCGUGUCAUGACCCUCCGCAAGACCCUUUACCCUCAGACCAGCCGCCGUGCCACCGAGAAGGUCGAGCUCAAAUGGAUCGACACUUCUUCCAAGUUCGGUCACGGUGCCUACCAGACCCCUGCCGAGAAGCGGGCCUUCCUGGGUACUCUCAAGAAGGACCUCGUUACUUCCGAAUAAAUGUUUUUAUCUGGUGGGGAUGUGGGUUCGGUGUAGUUCGGUGCUUCAUUGUUCUUGACCAAAAUACAAUUCAAAUACCUCCUCAACCUACGUCCCUCGGCUUGCUCAGCUGAAAAAGAGUGGAGCUUUUCUUCUGUUUAUUAGUUUACGUAGCCGGCAAGGCAAUGUUAUGAUGGAGUUCAAAAGUAGCAACAGUUAGUCUGACUCGUCAGUCAAAUAGCUAAAGCCGGUAUGUGUAUCUGUAGUCAAGUAAUUUUCAUUGUCUUGUGGUCGAUUUUGAACGCCAUACAUAGUUGCGUGAUGACAAGCUACUGGUCCG